GUCAGUUAGCAGCAACCAGAUAUUAAGUUGUAUUAGUCUUCUUCUGAUUCCCAGAAAAGGAUGAUUUUGAUUUAUAAGUUUGGAUUCUGUCUGUUUAAAUCUAGCAUAAAUAGUAAAGCCAUUAUGGUGAUGAUCCUAGUUAUGACUAAGUUGUCUUGAAGAAUUUAGACAUUUACUGUAUGAACUAUGGACUGGGUGGUAAAAUUUACCUAUCUAACAACUGAAGUUGCUGAACACAAAUUAUAUAUAGGUUAAACAAGGAAAACAUUGCAAAACAUUGAAAGGGAAUAUGUCUUUAUUUGCGUGCUGGCAAAUGAAUAUUUAGGUUUCACUUCAACUUCAUUAUGAAUAAUUCAAGCCUGUCACCGGAAUGGACAUUGAAUGAAGGAGUUAAUUUAAGCUAUUUUGAAAAUAAGAAUGUUUUCCAUAAAGACAAAAACAAACUCAUCCAUUAGCAUUAGCUGGUGCUCUCUUAUUUGACAUUGGUCAGAGUAUUUAAAAGUAAAAAGAAUGUUACUGCACAUUCAGAAAUCAGGUGCACAUAAAAUUUAAGGUCAGGGUAUUAAAGAAAUCACAACCAGUGAUAUUAGGCUUGGAUUUUCUUUCUUUUUUUCUAUUCAGACAUGAUAACUUUUCUACUCAUUUUUUUUUCAAUUCUAAUAUUGAUUUUAUUUGUUCUUGGAAAUUUUGCCAAUGGCUUCAUAGCACUGGUAAAUUUCAUUGACUGGGUCAAGAAAAAAAAGAUCUCCUCAGCUGACCAAAUUCUCACUGCUCUAGCAGUCUCCAGAGUUGGUUUGCUCUGGACUUUAUUACUAAACUGGUAUUUAACUGUGUUGAAUCCAGCUUUUUAUAGUGUAGAAUUAAGAAUUGCUUCUUAUAAUGCCUGGGUAGUAACAAACCAUUUCAGCAUGUGGCUUGCUACUAGCCUCAGCAUAUUUUAUUUGCUCAAGAUUGCCAGUUUCUCCAACCUUAUUUUUCUUCACCUGAAAAGGAGACUUAACAGUGUCAUUCUGGUGAUACUUUUGGGGGCUUUGUUAUUUUUGGUUUGUCAUCUUCUUGUGGUAAACAUGGAUGAGAGUAUGUGGACAGAAGAAUAUGAAGGAAACAUGACUGGGAAGAUCAAACUGAGGAAUGUAAUACACCUUUCAUAUAUGACUGUAACUACUCUAUGGAGCUUCAUACCCUUUGCUCUGUCCCUGAUGUCUUUUCUGAUGCUAAUCUGUUCACUGUGUAAACAUCUCAAGAGGAUGCAGCUCCACGGCAAAGGAUCUCAAGAUCUUAGCACCAAGAUCCACAUAAAAGCUUUACAAACUGUGAUUUCCUUCCUCUUGUUGUGGGUCAUUUCCUUUCUAUUCCUAAUCAUUUCAAUUUGGAGUCCUAGGAAGCUGGAGAAUGAAACAGUUCUCAUGGUUGGCAAGACUUUUGGAUAUAUAUAUCUUUCAUUCGACUCAUUCAUCCUAAUUUGGAGAAGCAAGAAGUUAAAACACACAUUUCUUUUGAUUUUAUGUCAUGUUAGGUGCUGAGUAAAAGAACUGAAACUACGAACUCUCUAGAUUCAUAAGUGGGACAUUUUGUGUGUCUUCUAGGAGAAAACAAACUGAUAGUGUCUGGAACAUUUUAUACUUUCUACUGGAUUUUUGGUAGUGUAUGUAUUGGAGUAAUUUCUGAAAGCUUACAUAGAAGUCUUUUACCUAAAGCUAGUCUAAAAAGUAUCUGUAUAUGUGUUUGUAUGUGUAUAUGAAACACUUAAAAGGUAUUGACAAUAACAUAAUCAUAUUUUCACAAGCUGCCAAAUUAUAGAAAAUAUAGUCGGAAAUUCCUCAAAACCAUGAAGCCAUAUGUAUUUCACUUUAUCAUAUUUCAUUUGAAAAUUUAUUAUCUUUAUAAUUGUUAAGAACUGACACCAUAUCUCAGAAAAUCAUUGCUCUUUUACACUGUGGUUUGUACCACACCUAUGUACCAAAGUGUGCUUAAAGAUCUAAUUUUUUUAAUAGUAAGGACGCUCAAUUCUAAAUCAAUAAUGAGGUUUUAUCUUUGGAGUAGUUUUCAUUCCAUCAUGAAUUCUAAUUUAAUGUUUAGUUUAAAGACAAUAUGUUGUUAGAUAAAGAUGGGCAGAAUAACACUGAAGGGUUACAAAUAUAUUUAGAACACAUUUUGUAUAUUUCUACCAUAAACAGUACUGAGAAAUAUUAGAUUUAAUACAA